AUGCACACUUUACUGUUGCAUACUUUUUAUUUUUUUAUUUUUGGGUAAUAUUUUGCAAACAAAAUGGAUGUCAACCAGCUUGUUGAAUUUGCAUCAUCUGGCAUCCUCGCAGUUGCAGACAACAGAGCAAAUGGCACCUGCAGGAUGAGGAACCCAAAGAGCACGGCCAUUCAAAACGGACCACUACCCACCAAGAGGCGCUAUGACCCCUUUGUCCUCAAUGCUGGAGGCUCCAGAGAGCUAGCCGCUGAAGCUAUACCGACCAAAAGGACCAAACAGGAGACCCUCUUAACCAACAACAGGGUCAGGUCCACCAAGGUGUCCAUGAAAGCAUCUCUGAGAACCAAACGCAAGACCAGAACAAAACUGGACAGCCUCAAAAAUAAGAAGAGGGUCAAAUCCACAAAGGGGUCCACAGUAAAGGCUGCACCAGCCAGGAAGUCCACAAAACCAGAAGGCCUGCUAAAGAAGAGGGGUGCCAUCAAGGUGUCCGUGAAGGUUGGACCAGCUAGGGGCACCAAGAGGAAGGCAGACACCAAGCUUGAGACCCUCUCAAAGAAGCAGAAGGUGUCAGUGAAGGUUGUGCCAGCCAAAGAGUCCAAACAGAAGAGCACACCGCAGACCCUCGUGAGGGGUAAAAGCAAACCUAAAGUCAAACCAGAGACCCUAAUGAGGAGACGAAAGGGUAAAUCCAAACUAGAGACCCUAACAAGGAGGCAAGUAGGUAAAGACAAACUGAAGAGGCGACAAAGAGGUAAAACCAAUGAGGGGACUGUGAGGACCCGAUCCAAACGGAAGGUGAACACAAAACCAGAGACCUUGACAAGGAGGCAGUGGGUGAAAGCCACCCAGAUGUCUAUGAUUCGACAGGCUGAGAAACGUCUCCUGGCCACGACCGGUCAAGCCUCGUUCGAGCAGAAGUAUCAGCAGCUGGAGAAGAUCGGCGAAGGAGGCUUUGGAUCUGUCUAUGCUGGUUACCGGAAAUGUGAUUCUUUUGCUGUGGCCAUCAAACACAUCCCCAAAGACGAAGUAAAGAUAGUCCCGCUGAACAUAAAUGGAAGGAAGCAGGACGUCCCCUUGGAGGCGCUGCUCAUGCUUCAGGCGUCGUCUAUCAAGGACGCGGACGGCAGAUCAGCCGUGGUGUCCUUGCUGGACAAAUACGACUUGGAGCAGGAGCUGGUGUUGGUCAUGGAGAAGCCAGUACGAUCUGUGGACAUGUUCACGUACAUCACCAGAUGUCGGCUCGGACAUCUCAAGGAACACGAGGCAAAGAACAUCAUGAAACAGCUGGUGGACGCAGCUAUCAAAAUGCAUGCCGUCAAUGUUUUUCAUCGAGAUCUUAAACCAGGAAACAUUCUUCUGGAAGCCACCUACGGCGUCCCUCGAGUGCGGAUCAUAGACUUUGGCUGCAGCUGCUUCGUAACGGAGGAACCUUACCACGACUACACCGGGACCCUAUCUUACGCUCCUCCAGAGUUUGUCCUCAGGGGGGCGUACAGGGCCGGCCCAACCACAGUGUGGCACCUGGGGGCCAUGCUUUUUGAACUACUAGCUGGAACUAAACAGUUUGACACACUCCUGUUCAUCUCGCAGAUGCUUGGACUGAACCGUGUUCUAUCCCAAGAUUGCCGAGAUUUUUUGCAAAUGUGCCUGAAUUCCAAUCCAGAUCAGCGCGCCACCCUGGUGCAGAUACAUCAGCAUCCGUGGCUCCUUUGAAGCUGCACAACACCGCUAAAGACGCCUCCCAUGAACCAAUAUUGUGGACUUUAAUUUAAACACUGAUACAUCAACAACUGGCAUUUGUGCUACUGGAUUACAUGACAGUAGUGUUUUUGGAUCCUGGAAAUGUAGCUUGCUUGUUAGUGUUUUCAGUCACUUUUGAAGGUCUUUAGUUGUUUUUAUCAUUCUGUUGGUUUGAUAGUUACUUAAGUUUGUGGUCUGUGGUGGCACGUGUGCCAAGGAAGAACUCUAUGCUUGGUGCAGGAAAAUUCAUUUUUUUUUGAGUCACCAUGCAACUGCAAGUCCCAAUAUCUUUCCCUAUUUCCUCUGCUGUUUAGUGUGCAAUGGGUCCAUUUUAACAAUUCAGUCACUUUGUAUUAUUGCGUAUUAUUGUCCUUCAUGAACCGGAAGUGGCUCAGUAAAUAACACAAAAGGACAAAUACUGUAAUGUUUUUUUGUGUUCC